UGAAUUAACUAUACAAGACAAAACCCAGGUCUGAGUUUGGGAGAGCUGUUCAUCUGGAUGCAGUGAAGCUCGGGCGCAGUACAAUAAAAUCGUAGGGCCCUCAAAGUUCUUCCAGAUUCGAUUUUGUGAUAUGAAAGUUCUUCUACACCCUGAAAUUCCCAAGAGCUUGCUUCUUUUGUUGAGAACUGUUCGGACGCAGAUUCACUGAAGAAGCUACAUACUUGCAUACUAACACGCGGCUUCGAACAAGACUCGGCUUUGGGCUCAAAGCUUCUCAAUAGCUACGCAAAGUUCAAUCUUUUACCGGAAUCGAAAUGGUUGUUUGGAAGAUUCACGGACAGCGAUCGAAUAUCCAUUUUUAUAUGGAACCAGGCUUUUGUUGGCUAUUUCAAGGCGUUUCACUACCGCGAAGUCCUCAGGUUGUAUGUAGAGUUAAAGAGAAGGAACAUCCUUGUCUAUGGCUCAGCAGCAAUUUUUACCCUGAAGAGCUGCGCCGAGUUGGGUGAUUUCAAAUUUGGGAGAUCUGUUCAUGUGGAUGUAGUGAAGCUCGGGUUGAAUACAAAUCAAAACGUUGGGUCGUUUCUGGCCAAAUUCUAUUCAGAUAGAGCUGCCAUUGGUGAUGCAGCUAAGGUGUUUGACGAAAUAAUUGCAAAAGAUGUAGUUGUUUAUACAGUGAUGAUUACAGGAUGUGCUCAAUUGGGUUUUCAGUAUGCCUAUGAGGCGUUUAGAAUUGCAUGUGAGAUGCAGAAGGAAAACCUUGAACCAAACCGGGUAACUCUGGUUAGCUUACUUCAAGCAGCAUCUUCUUUGGGAGCAGUGGAAGAGGGAAAUGCAAUCCAUGGGUAUGCUCUCAGAAGAGGGAUUGGUUGUUCAAACGAUGUUUUCCUGACAACUCUAAUGGACAUGUAUAUAAAAUGUGAAGUCCCAGAAAAGGCCAUUGCUGUAUUUGCGAAUAUCAGUGAAAAGAGUAUCGGUUCCUGGAACGCUUUGGUCACUGCCCAUCUCAGAUUAGGACAGCCUUUGGAGGCUUUGGAACUAUUUGUUGAACUAAUGACAGACAGCACCCACAAACCUGAUCAGAUCACUAUAACAAGUGCACUAUCAAGCUGUGCUGAACUUCAGUACUUGUUUGGGGGAAAGAGCAUACAUGCUUAUGUCAUCCGAUCUGGUAUUAACCUUGAUCUCAUAGCUAAUACAACUCUUAUCGAUAUGUACUCAAAAUGCAACCAUUUGGUCCAUGCUGAAACCAUAUUUGAUAGAGCGGAUCACAUGGAUGUGGUCCUGUUCAAUGUGAUGAUAAGCAGUUACACUCAAAAUGGUCUUCCAAAACAAGCAUGGAACUUAUUCCAUGAAAUGCUACGCUUGGGUUUCAAGCCAAACAUAAGUACAAUCAUCUGUGUACUCUCUGCAAUAUCUGAUAUGAAAGAUGUCACCCAAGGAAAUGCCAUCCAUUGCUUCCUGCUCAAAUCUGGGCUUGAAUCUACCACGGACAUAGCUAACCAGCUCAUUGAGACGUAUUCAAGGUGUGGUCUAAUUAAACACGCGAGUGAAGUGUUUGGGGGGAUACCAGAAAAGGACAUAGUAUCAUGGACUUCGGCUAUGAUGGGCCAUGCUAAUAACGGCGAGGCAAAUGAAGCCUUGGUCUUGUUCCGUUCCAUGCAAAGAGAAAACAUAAAUCCAGAUUCCUUCACAUUUGUAGCUCUUCUUCAGGCUAUUACUCAGCUUGGAUGUUUAAGCUUUGCAAGAGAGGUACACAACCGUGCCUGUCGGCAGAUAGAUGUGCAAGAGGGCAUUCUCGUCAUUAACUCUCUGAUCAUGGCAUAUAGCAGAUGUGGAGAUCUAAAUUGUGCCCGGGUUCUUUUUGAUAGAAUGCCCGAACGAGAUCUAUCUUCGUGGAACACAAUGUUAUCUUCAUAUGGAGCACACGGGGAUUGCGUCCGUGCACUUGAACUGUUCAACCAAAUGAGGAUGAAAAAAGUGGGGCCUGAUAACUACACGUUCACGUCUUUACUAUCGGCCUGCAGCCAUUCAGGAGCAUUACCAGAGGGGCUAUCUGUUUUCAGGACAAUGAUGGAAGAUUACAGAUUGGUCCCUACGGAUGAGCACUUCGGGUGCAUGGUGGACUUGCUAAGCCGAGGAGGGAUGCUGGAGGAAGCGAAUUACCUUCUGAACUGUGAGGGGUUGAGGGAAAACGCUUCGGCGUUAGGGGCUUUCAUUGCCUCAUGCAUGGUUAAUGGAAAGGGAGAGAUGGGAGAAUGUGCAGGGAGCCGGCUGUUGAGUAUGGAACCUGAGAAUGCAAGUGCUUAUGGUUUAUUGUCAAAUUUGUACGCUGGACAACACAAGUGGGAAGAAGUAGCACAUAUGGGAGGCAUGGCUAGGGAAAAGGGGUUGAAAAGAGUUUCAGGACGUAGCAUAAUAGUGAAGAAGAAUAACUAACGCACUUUAGGGGAGGCGCACAUAUUGAUAGUCAAGACUCAAGACCAACAGAUUCUUUUUAACAUUUUUUGAGCAUAUAUUUAUUUAUGUACUCCGUAUUUUUUUCACACUGAAUUUAUAACACUCAAUAUGCUCCAUCUGAAUUUGUAACAAAAGAAUAUGAAAGAUAAAAUGAAAAGAAAA